ACCAUACAAAGCUUCAAGCAGACCAUACAAAGCUUCAAGCAGACCAUACAAAGCUUCAAGCAGACCAUACAAAGCUUCAAGCAGACCAUACAAAGCUUCAACCAGCUCAUACAAAGCUUCAAGCAGACCAUACAAAGCUUCAAGCAGACCAUACAAAGCUUCAACCAGACCAUACAAAGCUUCAAGCAGACCAUAUAAAGCUUCAAGCAGACCAUACAAAGCUUCAAGCAGACCAUACAAAGCUUCAAGCAGACCAUACAAAGCUUCAAGCAGACCAUACAAAGCUUCAAGCAGACCAUACAAAGCUUCAAGCAGACCAUACAAAGCUUCAAGCAGACCAUACAAAGCUUCAAGCAGACCAUACAAAGCUUCAAGCAGACCAUACAAAGCUUCAAGCAGACCAUACAAAGCUUCAAGCAGACCAUACAAAGCUUCAAGCAGACCAUACAAAGCUUCAAGCAGACCAUACAAAGCUUCAAGCAGACCAUACAAAGCUUCAAGCAGACCAUACAAAGCUUCAAGCAGACCAUUCAAAGCUUCAAGCAGACCAUACAAAGCUUCAAGCAGACCAUACAAAGCUUCAAGCAGACCAUACAAAGCUUCAAGCAGACCAUACAAAGCUUCAAGCAGACCAUACAAAGCUUCAAGCAGACCAUACAAAGCUUCAAGCAGACCAUACAAAGCUUCAAGCAGACCAUACAAAGCUUCAAGCAGACCAUACAAAGCUUCAAGCAGACCAUACAAAGCUUCAAGCAGACCAUACAAAGCUUCAAGCAGACCAUACAAAGCUUCAGUCAGCUUUUCAAGUCACACUUCAACCAGAGCUGAUUAGGCUCUUCUGUCCUCACACUUAUUCCACCGUAAUUGUGACGUUAUUAGCCACUACGUCAAAAUUCUUGUGCUCUAGUGAAAUUUAA